CUUCUUCAUCUGAGCGAUUGUUUUUUGACUUUUGAGCAUAAUGGCUAACAACCACUUGGGCCGCUACCCCUCAAAGCCCCCAACCACCAACCUGAUGCUUGUCGAGGAAGAGUUCCCCGAAUUUGAGCCCUUUGAGUUCUACGACCUCCAUGAUGACGCGGUGCCGGGACCGCGGUUUUCUGGAUCCCAGGGCGAACCACUGUCUGUGGUGGAAAUUGACAUGUGCAAGCAAAAGAACAAGCCACUGCACCGCACCCAGUUCUACGACAUCAAGAACCUGGUGAUCCGUCGGGGAGAGGAGUUUUUCAUCCGUGUCACUUUUAACCGACCUUUGACUGACAGAGACAGAUUCAUGCUGGAGUUUCUGAUUGGUUCCCACCCCUCACCCAUUAAGGGCACCCAGGUGGUGGUGAGGUUUAACUCCCGCAGGCAGGGUCGCUGGCCGGGUCAUAUAGUGGAGAAUAAUGGUACAUCUGUCCUGUUUGGAAUCAUCACGGCUCCAAAUGCCAUUGUGGGGAGGUACCGCAUGUAUGCCAGAAUAGUGACGAAACGUGGCAUGGAGCGCAGCAAGAGGGACAUUGACACUGACUUUUAUGUGCUUUUCAACGCCUGGUGUAAGGAUGAUGCUGUGUAUUACCCUGAUGAAGACGGAAGGCAAGAGUAUGUGCUGAACGAAUAUGGCAUCAUCUACCAAGGUUCCAAGGACAGUAUGAUUGCUCGCAAAUGGAUCUAUGGACAGUUUGACCGCGGCAUCUUGGACGCUUGUAUCUAUCUCCUGGAUGCGUGUCGCAUGCCCAUCACCAACCGUGGGGACGCCAUCAAACUGGUCCGGAAGGGCUCUGCUGUGGUAAACUCCCAAGAUGACGAUGGCGUGCUUGUGGGCAACUGGAGCGACAACUUUUCAGGAGGCACUGCGCCCACGCUGUGGACAGGUAGCGUGAAGAUCCUGCUGCAGUACGCCAACACAGGCGUGUCGGUGAGCUACGCUCAGUGCUGGGUGUAUGCAGGAGUCUUCAACACCUUCCUGCGCACGCUCGGCAUCCCGGCCAGAGUCAUCACCAACUUCAGCUCGGCUCACGACAAUACGGGCAACCUUAAGAUCGAACUCGUCUUCAAGCCGGACGGCUCGCCCGACGAACGCAACACAGAUGACUCCAUCUGGAACUACCAUUGCUGGAACGAGGUUUACAUGAAACGCCCUGACCUGGGCCCAGGCCUGGGGGGCUGGCAGGUGGUAGACUCAACACCACAAGAGACCAGUGAUGGAUACUACCGCUGCGGGCCAGCCUCCGUCAUUGCCAUCAAGGACGGUCUGGUGGGAUUCCCGUUUGACGGCCCCUUCAUUUACGCUGAGGUGAACAGUGACGUAAUAUUCCUGGAGCGGGAUCGUUAUGGGAACAUGAACCAAAUCGGUGUGGACACCACCCUGGUUGGACAAGGCCUCUUUACCAAGCACAUCCUCAGUGACACUGCAAAAGACAUUACUUACGAGUACAAGUACCAGGAAGGAAGUCAUAAUGACACCGUGUCCCUCGCGAAGGCAGAGAGCCACGGCUUAGAGAGAGACCAGCCCACUGCUAAACCCAAGAUUUCUGUAUCCCUCGUUAUUGAACAGACUACGCUGGGAGAUGAUGUGAAAGUGGUGGUGGAGUUCAAGAAUCACGGAGUCGUUUCCGAAACGAUCAAGGCGAACCUGUCAUGCGCGGUUGUCUUUUACACCGGAGUCCAGGCCAAACGCUACAAAAAUGAGGAGUUCAACAUAGUCGCGGAGCCGCAUCAGACAACGCGUCAUGUUGUGACGAUCACAGCUCAGGAUUAUAUGGAACAUUUGGGCUUUCAACGCUUCCUCAGCUUCAUGCUGAAUGGCCACAUGAACAGCGGUAGCCUUAGUGCCCUCAAGGUGAUCUACCUGAACGCACCGGACCUGGACCUCGAGGUGAGCGGGCCUCUUGUGAUUGGAGAGGAAAUGUAUGCCAAAGUCAGCUUCACCAACCCCUUUCAAUUUCCUCUGCUUGACAUCUAUGUGGCCUUGGAGGGCCCUCGAGCGCUGCCGUACAGGACACGCUUCUACAAGGUCCUUGAGCCACAAUCGUCCAUCUCCUGGCAGGUCUCCUUCACCCCGCAGAUGACAGGAAAGCGCAUCCUGGUGGCUGUGAUGUACUGCAGCAACCUGUGCGAGAUUUGGGGCUCUACUGACUUCCAAGUUGGCGACAAAGAGCCUCCUACAAUCGAUGAAGCUGGCCUGUGAAAAGGCGGAGCUACCAUGCGCCACAAACUGAUGAUUUUAUGAUUCUUCUCACACCAAUCAGUGCUUCUGAUGAUUUUUUUUUUAUGAUUCUACAAAUUAUGCAUCUUGCUGUUAAAGCGCUGAGACUCAGUGGUCAAAAGGCAUGCCAUAGUAGUAGAAACCUGAGAAAAUGUCAACAUUAAAUGAAUAAUGACAAGGAAAUAAGUUACAUUUAGACUUUUUUAGGACACAGCAGUAAUAUUUUAUAUUAAAUAAUGACAAGUUACAUUUAGAUUUUUCUAGAACCAAAGAAGUUCAUAAAACAUUAACAUUUGAUGCAUAGAAAGAAUGUGACAAAUGUAUUCCAAUAUUCUUUCUUGAAUCAUUCAAUUGUUGUUCUAAUGCAAUAAUCAACUACUAACA